CAACACCACAAGUUAAUCUAUUCUUUUAGCAAAAUGGAAACCUGGUCCAUCAUCCUUCUCUCUUUCGCCAUAGCUGCCUUACUCAGAGCUUUCAUCAAUCUUCUCUUUUUCAACAAAAAAUCCACUAAAAAUCUCCCUCCUGGUCCUCUUAUUUUACCUAUUGUUGGUUCCUUUACAUGGCUUCGCAAAUCAAUCUCAGAAAUCGAGCCUAUUCUCAGAAAUCUCCAUUCCAAAUUAGGCCCCAUCAUAUCUCUCCGUAUCGGCACUCGACCAUCCAUCUUUGUUUCUGAUCGCUCUGUCGCCCACAAGGCCUUAGUUCAAAACGGUGCUGUUUUUGCUAGCCGUCCAAGAUCUCUUUCCACUGGCGAAGUCAUUAACAGCAAUCAGCAUACUAUUUCUUCCUCCUUUUACGGCCCUACAUGGCGCCUCCUCCGCCGCAAUCUCACCGCGGAAAUCCUCCACCCUUCACGAGUGAAAACCUACCAGCAUGCCCGCAAGUGGGUUUUGCAGAUUCUUGUUGAUCGCCUCAACUCAGAUUCCAAAAAUGGUGAGACAGUUCGUGCGGUGGACCACUUUCAAUACGCCAUGUUUUGCUUAUUAGUGCUCAUGUGUUUCGGAGACAAGCUUGAUGAAUCCCAAAUCAAACAAAUUGAAGACGUGCAGCGAAAGAUGUUGCUGGGAUUUGGCCGGUUCAAUGUACUAAAUUUCUGGCCAAGAUUGACCAAGAUUGUAUUUCGAAAGAAAUGGGAGAAGCUGUUUCAGUUACGCAAAGAUCAAGAAGCAGUACUUAUUCCUUUGAUUAGAGCGAGAAAGAAGGUGAAGGAAGAGAGCUUAAACAAAGCUAAAGAGGAUGAAUAUGUUUUAGCUUAUGUUGAUACUCUGUUGGAUUUGGAGCUCCCGGAGGAGAAGAGGAAACUUAUUGAAUCAGAAAUUGUUUCUUUGUCCUCAGAAUUUCUAAACGCGGGCACAGAUACUACAUCCACAGCGCUGCAGUGGAUAAUGGCGAAUUUGGUGAAGUACCCUUAUAUUCAAGAGAAGAUAUUCAUGGAGAUUAAAGGAAUUGUGGAAGAUGGAGAGGAAGAGGUGAAAGAAGAGGACUUGCAGAAGAUGCCAUACUUGAAGGGGGUGAUAUUAGAGGGAUUAAGAAGACAUCCUCCUGGACAUUUUGUGCUGCCACACGCUGUGACUGAAGAUGUAGAGCUGAACGGAUAUAUGAUACCAAAGAAUGGGACCAUCAAUUUUAUGGUAGCUGACAUAGGUUGGGAUCCACAAGUGUGGGAAGAUCCAAUGGCGUUCAAGCCAGAGAGAUUUGAGGGUGGGGAAUGUAAUAUUGAUAUAACAGGAAGUAAAGAGAUUAAGAUGAUGCCAUUUGGGGUAGGAAGAAGGAUUUGUCCAGGGCUUGGUUUGGCAAUGCUUCAUUUGGAGUAUUUUGUUGCAAAUUUGGUUUGGAAUUUUGAGUGGAAGAGUGUGGAUGGAGAUGAGGUUGAUUUAUCAGAGAAGCAGGAGUUCACAAUGGUUAUGAAGAAUCCACUGAAGGCACAUGUUUCUCCAAGAACUAAAUAAGUAAGAUUCAUGUCAGCUUCUUUCACUUUUUUUUUUUUUUUUAACAGCAUCAGCUUAUUCUUAUUUGACUUGCGGUUUUUCUUUCUUAAUACAACUCAUUUGUAGUUGUGUGAAUGUGAUAGUACUAGUUAAUU